UUUUAAUUUAGAAGGAAAAACAAAAGUUUGCCGUUCCCGGGGUCUCUCUGGCUUCACAACGCGGGGUUAAAAACAGCUUUUCUCUGCCAUCCGUGGUCCAAACAGCAAGAAACUUGCCCGAAUGAAAGUCCACCGUCUUCUCUUCACUCUCCGAAGAAACCGGGGUGAUUUUACGGCGCUCGUUUUACGAAAAAUAUGAAUUUAUAACUCCGAAGAAACACAGACUCGGAGGAGGAAAAGCUCUUCCUGGCUAACAGUUAGGCGGGCUCUGCAAAGCACCAAUCACAGAUCACCGCUUCGCUAUAAAUUCAGGCAUCGGGGUUACUGUAGCCCAAUUACUUUCUUUUGAUUAGGAAGAAGUCUCUGCAGCGAUGUCGGAGACCGCUCCCGCCGCCGCUCCCGCUGUCGCGGCCCCCGCCGCCAAGGCCGCCGCCAAGAAGCCGAAGAAGGCGGCGAGCGGCUCCAAAGCCCGCAAGCCCGCGGGGCCCAGCGUCACCGAGCUCAUCACCAAGGCCGUGUCCGCCUCCAAGGAGCGCAAGGGGCUCUCCCUCGCCGCGCUCAAGAAGGCGCUGGCCGCCGGCGGCUACGAUGUGGAGAAGAGUAACAGCCGCAUCAAGCUGGGGCUCAAGAGCCUCGUCAGCAAGGGCGUCCUGGUGCAGACCAAGGGCACCGGCGCCUCCGGCUCCUUCCGCCUCAGUAAGAAGCCCGGGGACGUGAAGGAAAAAGCCCCCAGGAAGAGAACUGCUGCGGCCAAGCCCAAGAAGCCGGCGGCUAAGAAGCCCGCCAGCGCUGCCAAGAAGCCCAAGAAGGCGGCGGCGGUGAAGAAGAGCCCCAAGAAAGCCAAGAAGCCGGCGGCUGCCGCUGUCAAGAAGGCAGCGAAGAGCCCCAAGAAGGCGACAAAGGCUGCCAAGCCCAAAAAAGCGGCGGCAGCAGCGAAGAGCCCGGCUAAGGCGAAGGCGGUGAAGCCCAAAGCGGCCAAACCCAAGGCGGCCAAGCCGAAAGCAGCCAAGGCAAAGAAGGCGGCUCCCAAGAAAUGAAGUGUUGAAGUGGAAAUACUUUUAAACCCAACGGCUCUUUUAAGAGCCACCCACUAUUGUCCCCAAAAGGGCUGAUACACUCCGGCACUGAGCUCGGUGCCUGCAGCAGAGACAACUAUUCGCCACUAUCUGGGUGGGACGUUCGUCUGUGGAGUGGAUGGGACGCUAAACUUCCGACCGUGGUUUUACACUAGGACUUGGAAAAAUAAAAGUUUACAUUCCCUGCGAAAACGC